AUGCGGCUAGCCGUCGAAAAGCGGUCAUUGGCGAUUCCAAGGCGCCGUUAUUUUCCCGACAGACUGAAAGAAGAGGGUGAGAACCUGGGCUCCAUUGUGAUUUAUGGCUACUGUCCCGGGCGAGGCCCUUGUGCCGGCGACGGAAUGGGUCGACAGAAAAACCGACCGCUCCUCGAGAAAAAACCGGAAUCAAGUAAGAAAUAAAGAAGUCGCAAUGUAAAAAAAUGACCUUGUUUUUGACAAAGGGGACACAAGUUAGCGCCUUGAUUUUACCGACAUGUUAAAGCUGAGGCUCUCAGGAAUCCAGAUAUGUGAUCAUCAUAUGCUCUUCAGACUUUGGUCUUUGAGCUACAGCGGUUUGAAUAUGAUCCAUCCAGUUAAUAGCCACCCGCAUGGCUUCCACCGAGAAAAUCAAUAAGCUCGUCAUGAAGGAGGUUAGUUAGGGCUCUGAUUUUAUCAUCGUGUUAAAGAUGAGGCUCUCAUGCAUCUAGAUAUGUCUUUGAAACUUUGGUUUUUGAUCUGCAGCGGUCCGUAUCAUUCAUCCAGUCAAUAGCGACCUUGCAAAUCGGGUUUCGGGCGAGUUAUUAAGCAGGCCAACAAGUCUUGAGAUGUUUCUUUCAAAAAUUUUUUUCAUGACGGCGUACGGUGCUGACAAGUCAAGGUUUUUGGGCCAGCCUAUAUGGCUGCGGAUUACAAGAUCAAUCGAUUUUUUAUUAGUUUGUCGGGAAAAUUGUGUGGAUUUGUCGUGCACCGGAAUCGCCCAUCAUCGCUUUGCCACAACUAGCCACGGCUGGGGAUUUGGUGAGCGAAUACGAUGAGAGAUUUUUUCCUGCGAGAAAUCCAUAUAAUUUUCUUGACAGAUAGAUAUAUUCACCGCAAGGUGAAUAUACGUAAUACAGAAUACGUACAUAUAUUCUAUCCGUUAUGUUUGACUUGUUGAAGCGAAAUCAAACUUUUGCCUUCCUUUCAUCCGUUCCCCUCAUGUCUCUCCGAACUCAAUUCCUCUUUCUCGGAUUUUAUAGGCAAUCAAACGGCAGGAAGGAUCAUGUUCUUUUGAAGGUCAGUCUGGAAAAACAAUCUCUCGUCCUUUUUGAGGUAAAGAUGAAUCGAGAAAAAAGUUGUUUUCAUUCCUCGAAUAAACCGAAAUAACCUUGCUUCUCGGCGUUAAUUAAAGGGAUGUUUGGAGGUGUUGAAGAGGAGAAUAAUGGAAGUCGGGGAAAGCGGAGAUUAGUCAUACACGUUGUUCGAGGAACCCAAGGGCAAUUCGAGAGCUGGGGAAGGUAAAUUUUGUGAAGAUUGGCGUUGGAGAGGGUAUAUUAGACCGUCAAACGGUUGUAGGAGGUGUCUAACAAAAUUAUCAGAAUUUUGAACAACCGUGGGUUGCUUGGCGAAAGGUCGGCUGGGACUCAAUUUUGAGAGAAAUUUUACUACAAAAAAAUAAUUUUUUUUCAGCGACAUACUGGCAAAGCUAUCGCCAAAAAGUCUUUUUCUUCCUGAUCGCUCUAGUUCCGUAUGUUCUCUCAGCCACAAAGAUUGUUCAAUAUCUGGGCUUCGCCUGCAAAGCGCGAGCUAAAACCUUCAGGAAUCGAAACAUGGCCUAG